UAUAUAUAUAUAUAUAUAUAUAUGUCUGCAUCAGCCACUCUGUUCUUCUCCUUAUAAAUAAAUAUAAAGAAGCUAAGCUCAGUGGAGACUUCUCAAAUGGCGGUCACUUUGGUAACGUCAUGUGCUUCUUCUUCUCGCUUCCAUUUCCGCUCUUUCUCCUCUUCUCCGUCGUCUCUCUCCUCUUGUUUCGUACGAUUCCAGUUGCUGUCUCGCCUUAGAGUCUCUUUCGCCAUCACGCCUCUCUACUGCUCUUCUAAAGCCACGGCUCAUACAAUCGCACACGCUACUCUUGGCCUUACUCAGGCCAACUCCGUCGAUCAUCCUAAGAUCUCAUUUUCCGGGAAGGAGAUUGACGUGACUGAAUGGAAAGGUGAUAUACUCGCUGUUGGAGUGACGGAGAAAGAUAUGGCUAAGGAUGCCAACUCCAAGUUCGAGAACCCCAUACUGAAGAAGCUUGAUGCCCACUUGGGUGGACUUCUAGCUGAUGUCUCGGCUGAGGAAGAUUUUUCUGGGAAACCUGGCCAGUCAACAGUUCUUAGGCUUCCGGGUCUCGGCUCAAAGCGGGUCGGUUUGAUUGGUCUUGGAAAAUCUGCUUCAACCCCUUCGGCUUUUCAGAGUCUUGGUGAGGCUGUUGCUGCAGCUGCUAAAGCUUCUCAAGCUAGCAGUGUUGCAGUUGUUCUCGCCUCCUCUGAGAGUUUUUCUGAUGAAUCUAAGCUCAGUUCUGCUUCAGAUAUAGCUUCAGGCACAGUGCUUGGUUUGUUUGAAGACAGUCGGUAUAAGUCUGAGUCAAAGAAACCAUCUCUCAAAUCUGUAGUAUUCAUUGGCUUUGGCACUGGACCUGAACUAGAGAACAAGCUUAAGUAUGCUGAACAUGUUUCUUAUGGCGUAAUUUUCACGAAAGAACUUGUUAAUUCACCAGCCAAUGUUCUCUCCCCUGCCGUACUAGCUGAGGAAGCCUCGAAUCUGGCUUCCAUGUACAGUAAUGUCAUGACUGCAAACAUCUUGAAAGAGGAGCAAUGCAAAGAAUUGAAGAUGGGUUCAUAUCUUGCUGUAGCUGCUGCUUCAGCUAAUCCACCUCAUUUCAUCCACCUUAUCUACAAACCUUCUAGUGGCCCUGUUAAAACCAAACUUGCUCUUGUUGGAAAAGGAUUGACAUUUGACAGCGGUGGCUACAACAUUAAAAUUGGGCCUGAAUUAAUAAUUGAGCUCAUGAAAAUCGAUGUGGGAGGUUCAGCUGCUGUUCUUGGCGCUGCAAAAGCCAUUGGUGAAAUUAAGCCUCCCGGUGUUGAGGUGCACUUUAUUGUCGCAGCUUGUGAGAAUAUGAUAAGUGGUACCGGAAUGAGACCUGGAGAUGUCAUCACAGCCUCAAACGGGAAGACAAUUGAGGUAUCAUUACACCGUUUCCAUAUGAAUUCAGCUUCGAAAGGUUCAAGCUUUCCAUUGUUAGUGUUGCAGGUCAACGACACCGAUUCUGAAGGUCGGCUAACACUUGCAGAUGCUCUAGUUUAUGCUUGCAACCAGGGUGUCGAUAAGAUUGUUGACAUUGCAACAUUGACCGGGGAGAUUAUUGUUGCUCUUGGACCAUCAAUGGCAGGCAUGUACACAGCUAGUGAUGAGCUUGCCAAGGAGGUAAUUGCUGCAUCACAGAGGAGUGGAGAGAAGUUAUGGAGAAUGCCUAUGGAAGAGAGUUAUUGGGAGAUGAUGAAGUCAGGUGUUGCAGAUAUGGUUAACUUUGGAGGCCGUGCAGGUGGAUCCAUCACCGCAGCUCUCUUUUUGAAACGGUUUGUUAGCGAGAAUGUUGAGUGGUUGCACAUAGAUAUGGCUGGACGGGUGUGGAACGAGAAGAAGAAAGCUGCGACUGGGUUUGGAGUUGCGACACUUGUUGAGUGGGUACAGAACAAUUCUUCUUAAGAUGUAGGCAGGUGAUCUUUGUGCUCCCAGUUCUUAUUUAACAUUCUCAGAGGUUUUAAUGUAGGUAAAAGGGUUUUUAUUUGCUUGUGUGAACUGUGAAGUGUGACGCUUGAAUAUGACGAGUUACCCAUUUGAAAGUAUUUGACUAUUUGUAGAUAUUCUUGUGUUCCGUAACAUCACUUACCUAAUAACACAAACUAUUAGGAGCACAAGAUGAAGGAUACAAGUCGUCAAUCUUAUGUUUCAGUGGUCAUCAAUAAUAAC